AUGAAUUAUGACCCUGCGAACGAGGCCCCACACAGUGAAAAAAAGCGGCAUCAAUCAUCCCAACGCAGAGUACAACCCCUGCCGCACACAACCGGGCAACUCGUCUGGCUGGACCAUUUCAGCCAUAAUUUAAACUCAAAUGCACCCACUGCCGCGACCGCCCUCUCCUCGGCUGGCGCCAACAGUACCAUGGGUGGCAGUACGCAGUUGGGCUGCUCCAGUUCGCACAGCGAGGUUAUAGGGGCACUCUGCAGACCGGGUGGCAGCAAGCGGCAGCAGGGGCUCUCCGAGGAUUCCGAAAGGCAGAUGGGCAAGUCAAUUAAAACAAUCUGUGGGAUAAAUAAUUAG